AUGAGCACGCCGCCGUCUCGACCUCUGCCACCUCCAAGGGCAGGAGACAAUGAUCCGAUCCUCCUGUCGCCGUUGAUGACCUUGAUGCCCACGGGGUAUCGCAACAUCCAGCCCUUCCAGAAGGGCAAAGGCUGGCACACGAACGGCAGGACCCCGCGCCAUCGAGCUGCCUCGACACAAGCGUCGCAAGAUAUCGACGAGCGAGGCGUCGUGUUCCCUCUGCUUCCAGGCCACGAACACGUCCGACCAGGUACGCAAGGCCCCGAUGCAAGUGCAGUUGAAGGUGCAGCAGCGACUUCGAGUAAUGGGGAUCAGAUGGACGACCGACAGGAGAAGGAUGAAGCUGCGACGGUGAUAUCUCCAAGGGCGCCUUCGACUCCGCCAGCCAAUGGAGCGCCUAGACGACCGUCGAGAUCCGACCCCCGGGUCAACGCUGGAAGUUUUCGUUCUCGUGCGUUGUCUGGAUCUCCUAGUAACGCGUCUCGGCCUACGUCGCCAGCAACGAUUACAGGUGACGAGAACCUCAAGAGUCGAGGAACAGAGGACGGCAAGGCGGUGGCUGGGCCCGAUCCAGUUAUUAUGCAGCAGCUGUGGCAGGAAUAUGCGGCGCGUUCACACGCUGUGAACCGGCAGGUUGAUGCUGCAGCCUACCACGAGAAAAUGCAUCGUCGCUAUGGAGAGCAAAGAGCGUUGAAGGAGCGCAUUGCACAGUUGGAACAAGCUCUAGAGGCUAUGGAGAGCGAGAGGAACCAGGCGCAAGCUCAAGCUGACAGUGCUGUAAAGCAGCUCGAGCUUCUUGCCCAGGCGUCGGAGUUCUCGGAGGCUGGACCUACUUCACCGACGCUGAAGACAGUGCGAAGCUCGUUCCUCAAGCCCCCGCAAGCAGGAGAACCAGCGAAUCCAGAGGAGAAAUCGUACAGGGAGCGCAGCUUCGCCCUUGAACGAGCUCUAUCACAGGCGAAGGCCUCACUAUCAACAUUGCAAGAGCAACUUCGACACCAGACAACUGAAGCAGCGGAUAGAGCACAGGCGCUAGAGGCCCAGUUGGUGCUAGAACGCAACACGAGUCUGGAGCUUGCGCGUCAGCUGCGUGAAAUCUCCGCGGGGUUUACACGCGUAUCAGCCGAGCUGGUGGAGACGCGGAUGGCUCUCGAGCGCGAGCAACAGCGCUCAGAGGAGGUCAUCGAACAAGCGCGACUGCAGAAUGCUCAGUUACUCUCUGAUACGCGUCGUACGCAGCUCGAAACUCGACUGAAGCUCGCUGUGCGUUCGCUCGGGCGUGAGGCGUUGAGACAUAAAAUGGAGACGUUGAUGAGUCGCACAAUGCGCGCCGAGCAGAGUAUGCGAGUCACUCAGCUCGAGACGGAGCGCGUGUGUCGAGAACGUGACGCCAUGCGUGAGCAGCUAGAGCAGGUCUUAAGCAGUCAUGCCCUCAAGUAUCACUCACUAGGCGCCGCUGGUGGCAUCCCCGGAAUUUUGAAGCGCAGCACUCAACUCACAACCGGAUCAAGGAUGAUCAGUGAUCAGCUGCUGGUAUUGCAAGUGCUCUACGAGGAAGCGGAGGAGCCUGAGGACCCGGACGACGGCUUUAGCGUGCACUUUGUGGCGUAUGAACCCCGUUCAGCGCAGGACGACUUCCUCACGUUCCACCUUCGAGAUAUUCAGCGGCUCGUUCCCAACCAUGACAGCUUUUUGGCACACCAUUCAGUGCGACGUCGUGAGCGGCUAGAAGCGCUGGCGGAAGUGCUGCUUGACCAUGUACACGCUGGAUACAAGAACGGACACUUGGUGUUAUGUGAGACCAGUGGUCCUGAGGCAGCUUCAAGACUUCCACGCGAGCAACUGGUGGCACAACAAGAGCAGCACAAUACGCAGCAAGUGACGGUGUAUAGAGGCACGCGAUACCUCUCGGUCGUUGGAUCUUACGAAGAGAACGCAGUUCUAGCGGAGUUGGACGUGGAGGAAGCGUUCGCUGCAGCAACUUCUCAGGUUUGGUGGCUGGAGGUUCGAGCUGUGGUGUUGGGCUGGGAGGGUGACUGCGACACUGAGGCGUUAACUACCAAGGUGGAUUUACGCCAAUUGCUCACGUUCUGCUCAACGUUUGCAAGCUACCGCCCGAGCCAGAGUCACGACGGUGGUAGCAAUAAUGACGCUGAGCUUUUUGCCGUGCACGAGGAACUACUAGAGCCGUUGUUUGACAGUCUCCGAAUCGUGCUAUCAGCUGGAAAUGCAGCAAAGUUGGAAGUAGUUGGCGUUGGAGGUGAAGAUCGACCGUCAACGAGUACUGAAGCGCAGGUCCGACGACGAAGAUUGUCAGUGGAGAACCAGGACAAGCUUAUAGUCGAUAGACCGGAGGAGAAAGAUACCGAAGCUAAUCAAGGCAAGAUGUCCGUUCCGAGUACACUCACACACCAAUGUGUUGUCAACGUGGGCGACGUAUUUUACUGCGUGCGGCUACAAGAACUUUGGGAUGGCGAGUUACUGCUUGACAUCACUAUGGACGACCCCGAGACGCAACAACACUUCCAUCGGAUACUACACGAGCCGCAGUUAGCAGUGUUGGCUGAGCGACUGGUACGGGAUGGAGCUCUUGAUGGAUACGAAUUUGAAGAGGAUGGUGAACUUGAGGAGCACAGGGUGGCUGCAAUGCAGGUGAAAUAUGGUCUCGCAACUGCACUGCACCGUCCGCUGUGCAAACUCGUGGAAAGCAACGUUCGACCGGUGCUUCCCCAUCCAAGCCAGCUCAACAGCAAUAAAGCACCGACGGAGGCUGGAGCUAUCUCUCUUGGAGGACUUUUUGAUGAUGAAGCGAGUGGCGUAUUGAUUGCUCCACCAAGAGAAUACCUGAUGCGUGCAUUGAUGCUCAAUUCCUCUGCGUAUGCGUCACUAGGGUGGCAUCACGACCGCGAAGUUCGGGUGAUUGCCACGUCAGAAAAUAUUCUACUAGACGAGCGUGCUGUACAGCAAGUCAUUCAAGACAUUUUAAGUGCCAGUAGAGAAAACAGCGGAGGUUCAGACGCGAUGCAAGUUCGGCGACAACGCACUGGCGCUCGACUCCAGGGUCUUGCAGGGUUUUCUCUCGUCCAAACGGUCUCAGCUCACCUUGAGCAGUGUGGAGAUGUAGCGAUUUUCGAUGUUCUUUCGCUGACGUCGGAUCAUGGUGGACCAAGCUAUCUCCCGUUGGUUUUAGUGGUAGAAGACUCGGACGUCGAAGCUUCUCCGUUACAGUUAGUAUUUGAGGCACUAGGAAUCGACGAAGACUGCUCAGAGUUCGCGAAAGACGUAUUAGCUAGCAGUCGGACAAGUAGUCGAGCAGACGAUCUGCUGGAUCAAGAGGCCCAAAGUGCACCGCCGUAA